GGGGGAGGCAAGGCAGAGCGGCAGGCGGGGAAGCCAUUGCCUGCUUAAUAGUUGCUGUUGCAGCACUUCCGCUUCUCUCCCCGCGAGAGAGACACGAGUGGCCAGGCCCAGCCGCACCGAGGAGGAGCGCCAGACACAAAGGGAGAGAGGUUUGGGGUACGUAGUGUGGGGUAGCUAUGUCGGAUGACGAUUCGAGGGCCAGCACCAGCUCUUCCUCAUCUACGUCCUCCAACCAACUGACCGAGAAAGAGACAAGCACACCUAAGAAGAAGGAAAGUAAAAUCAGCAUGAGUAAAAAUUCCAAGCUCCUUUCCACCAGUGCCAAGAGGAUUCAGAAGGAGUUGGCUGACAUCACCUUAGAUCCACCUCCCAACUGCAGUGCUGGCCCCAAGGGUGACAACAUCUAUGAAUGGAGAUCGACUAUCUUAGGACCUCCGGGCUCAGUGUACGAGGGUGGAGUUUUCUUCCUUGACAUCACAUUUACACCAGAAUACCCUUUCAAGCCUCCAAAGGUUACCUUUCGGACAAGAAUCUAUCACUGUAACAUUAACAGCCAAGGGGUGAUUUGCCUGGACAUCUUAAAAGACAACUGGAGUCCAGCGUUAACCAUUUCUAAAGUCCUUCUUUCCAUCUGCUCACUUCUCACAGACUGCAACCCUGCUGACCCCCUGGUUGGAAGUAUUGCCACUCAAUAUAUGACUAACAGAGCAGAGCAUGACAGAAUGGCCAGACAGUGGACGAAGAGAUAUGCUACAUAAACUGGAUUUUUUUUCUCCAACCCUUGCGUUAAAUCGUCUGUGAUGGAAAGAGCUGCUUAUGAUUUUGAAGGGGUGGGGACACAGGGGGUGGGGGAGGGAGAGGGGAGGAACUGAGAAAAGAGUAGGGUAUUUCUAUAACAGAUUUUAUUCAGUCUUUGAUUUCCUAAGAUUUUGUUGUUGUAACUUAAGGUAUCUUGCUACAGUAGUCAGCUAGAAUGGGGAAUAGCAUAUUUUAAGACUGUCAUUAGUUCAGCAAUAGUAGCUCUGAAUUAUAGCACCAAGAAGAAUGUAAACUACUUUGGCGAUUGGAGGGGGGGGCGCGCGUUUGGUUAACUUGUGAUAGGUAAAAGAUUAAAAACAGCUUAGUUUUGUACAGGUACAUAUAUUUGGCAUUUAUGUAAAAGUUCUUUCAAGAAGACUCGCUAUGUGCUUCUUCCCUUUUAGUUUGGUUUUAUUUUGUAAAAAGAUGUUGGGAAUAUUUUCUCUCUUUUUUUCCCCCAUGGGAGGUGGGAGAAUUUGGUAUUUAACAGAUCCCUUUUAAAAGACAGCCAUCUCAUUGGUUUGAAUUACGAGGUCUGUGGCUGUUUUGUUGCCUCACCUAGAACAGGGGAAGUAGUUCAUGUAUAUUCAUUUUUCUAUGCCAAGUGAACCUUUGUGAAAACAAAAGGUUUUAACUAGGACUUAGGGCAACCUGUAGUGAAAUACCUUAAGCUGUUUAACUGUAAGGCGUGAAAUAGGAGUCACUCAGUGGAUUGGUUGUAUGUUGUGGGCUACCUAAGUCUGCAUUUGUUACUGUGCUAAUAAAAAUAUGUACAAAAAAAAUCA